AUACUGGUCUGGAGAGGGAAACUAAUAGGCGGAGUGACUAUAGAUGAUUGAUUUGGGACAGACCCUCUCGUCAUUUAGAGGCGGGGUGGUGGCGUAGAAAAAGAAGAGACAUCAUCGCAUCACGUUUUUUCAACAUUGAAGAGAUGAGCAUGUGAUAAAUUGAAAGUAACAGAUUAACACGGGGAUUUCAUUUCAAGACACGGCUCAGUGAAGGGAUGGAGAGUGGGGAUGACAGUGUCCUGCGCUGCCGCAGCGCUUUACCUAAGAUGCCCACCAUUUCAAACCUGGAUGGUAUGGGUGGAGAGGGCAGCAAUGGAGAGAACCCUUGCAAUGGAGAGAUCCACAGUAAUGGAAAAAUGGAAGUGGAGCAACUCAUCAGCAAGAAACUCCAACUGAAGAGGAAAGCAGAGCACUUGAAGUUUGACCUGAUGAGACAGUUUGACUCCCAGGUGUUGGAGUUCAUGGACAGUCUGAUAGAGGAAUCGGCCAGCCUGGAGCCUGCUCCUGUCCCUGCUGUCUUCUCCCCUCCUCUGUCCGAUAAAGAGAGGAGUAAGCUCAGGCAUCUCCAAGGGUCAUCCCAGGGCCAAGGCAAACAGUUUGUGUUCCGGAGGUCCUUGUUAGAUGAGCUGUUUGAAGUGAACCACAUCCGGACCAUCUACCACAUGUUCAUUGCCCUGCUGAUCCUCUUCAUCCUCAGCACCCUGGUGGUUGACUUCAUCGAUGAAGGCAGAUUGGUGCUCGACUUUGACCUGCUGGUCUAUGUAUUUGGACAGUUCCCCCUGGUGGUGAUUACCUGGAUCUGCAUGUUCCUUUCAGUGCUGGUGGUGCCCUACAGCCUGUUCCACACCUGGGCCUCUCACUACCAUGAGUCCCGCCAUGGGACCCUGUGGUCUCUUCUACUGGGCGCUCUCUUCCUGCUCUACCAGGGCCUGGGCCUAGGCUUCCUGCCUACCUUUGUGGUGGUGAAGAACAGCUUUCCCCCUGCAUCCUGCUUCAUCAUCAUCCUGGAACAGGUGCGCUUGAUGAUGAAGGCACACUCCUAUAUCAGGGAGAAUGUCCCCAAAGUUCUGGCUUUGGCAAAAGACAAAUCCAGCUCCUCCCCAGUCUCUCCACUCAUCCCACAGCUGAGCCACUAUAUCUACUUCCUCUUUGCUCCCACCCUUAUUUACAGAGAUAAAUAUCCCAGGAAUCCCAUCAUCAGGUGGAGUUAUGUGGCCUCUAAGUUAUUACAGGUUCUAGGAUGUCUCUUCUAUGCCUACUAUGUGUUUGUGCGCCUCUGCAUCCCACAGUUCCGCAGCAUCAGCCAGCAACUGUUUGACCUGCGGGCCAUGGUCCUGUGUGUGUUCAACUCUAUCCUGCCAGGAGUUCUGGUUCUCUUCUUGGCCUUUUUUGCCUUCCUGCACUGCUGGCUCAAUGCCUUUGCUGAGAUGCUGCGGUUUGCUGACAGGAUGUUUUACAAGGAUUGGUGGAACUCCACAUCCUUUGCCAAUUACUACCGCACCUGGAAUGUGGUGGUACACGACUGGCUGUAUUACUAUGUGUACUGUGACUUCCUCUGGAUGUCGAAGAAGAGAUUUAGGGCGGCAGGCAUGUUAUUGGUCUUCACUAUGUCUGCAGUAGUGCAUGAGUACAUCUUGGCGAUCUGCUUCGGCUUCUUCUACCCAGUCCUCUUCUGCCUCUUCAUGUGCUUCGGAAUGAUGUUUAACUUCAUUCUUCAUGACCGGAGAAAAGGCCCAAUUUGGAACGUGAUCAUGUGGACUGCUCUGUUCCUCGGUCAGGGGGUCAUCAUCUGCCUCUACUCCCAGGAGUGGUAUGCACAGCGCUACUGCCCCCUUCAGGAGCCCUCUUUCCUAGAGCUGCUGAAGCCGCGUUCCUGGAGCUGUCACCUCCAGACCAACCCAGCAGUCGACUCUUGAGGGGCUGUAACUGACAUCACAUUGAACUACUGAACCGACAACACUCGCCAAUCUAUUGAAUGUGUUUAGGAAGAGCACAACCUCCUGUUUCUUUCAAGCCUUUUUACUUUUUGUUUGACUUAAUUUUUUUUGUGUUACACUUGUCAUUCUGACUGAUAUUGAGAGACUGUGUUAUUCCUUUGAAAGGGCAUGGAGUGAGUGAGACCUAUAAUGGCCUCUGUCAUUCACAAAGAUGCCUUAUUUAUCCUUUUAGUUUCAUGACAAACCCAUUGGAAAUCAGGGUAACAGAGCACAGAAAUGUGAACCGAAUAAAUAUAUAUAUAUAUAUAUAUAUAAAAUAUUAUUUUUUAUUUAUAAUUUUAUUUCCAGCCUGGAUACAAUUACCAUACUCUUGCAUUUGAAAUGCACUUUCAAUGCCAAUAUGGUAAAUUGUAAAAUUGCUGCUUUUCCCAAAAGUUAACCUCUUAGCGAACAUUAACUCCCAUGCAACUCAUGAGUUGAAUUUGCUGCACUCCACGGGAUGUAGAGUUUGUGUGACAGAAAGUAACUCAAGGAAAUUUCACUCAUCAUACAACAUGAGUUUCAUUGAAUCUCACAGUUCCAGACACCAAAUAAUAACUUUUCUCUAGAAAUAAUGUUUAUAACUUUGGUGCUUAGAAUAGCCAAUUAUAUUUUUGCCAACCCUUUCAUUUGUUUGGCUUCUUUUUGAAGUCCUCAGGGUCAACUGCAGGGUUACACUAAUGCAUUCUGGGAAAUGUAUUUUCCUCAUUGAACAAAAUGUAAUCAAUUUAAUGAAAUACAAUAACUUUGAAUAUUCACAUACAGGUUUUGUUUCCCUUGAUCAUUCAGUUUGUCCUGAAAAUCAAUUGUUUUAACAAUUCUAUAUGCAUGUAUAUAAUGACAUGUUUCAUGUCCAAUAUGUAUAUUUGUAUAGAAUAGAGGCAUUUGAAUUUCUCAACUCGAUUACAUUUCCUUUCAGUCAAGUUUGAAUUGCAAUUUUGUUUGCUGUUCACUAUUUAAAUUCAACAUUUAAAUUGGAAUUUGAGGCAUUCUCCAUUUCAAUUCUGAAGUGAGCCCGACCCUUAUGGAGAUGUUAGAUUAUUAAACAAAAUGGAGAUAAGUUUGCUCUGUGUUUACUGCUAUGAAUGUUUUGUCAGAUGUGAAGCCUUACACAAAGAUGAAUGUUUAUUAAGAAUAUGUAUUUAUUCAAAAGCAAUAUUGAAAGUGUUCCUAUACCAAUCAGAAAUUCCACACCUGGCCUUGAGUUGGUGGAAACUGCACUGCUGUUACAGCUGGUUGCUCCGAUGUUGCAUCAGUCAUACUGAUAAUGGCAUGUAUUGUUUAUUUACUUGAUUAGUGCCAAUGCCUAAAUAUACACUAGUGCAUUAUUUGCUUUUGGCAGAAAUGACAUCAUUACACUAACUGUUGCCAUUAAUGCUGAAAAUUAGGGAUUCAAUUUCAGCUUCAAUCCAUGAGUCUGACUUGUCAUUUUGUAAUUGUCUCUCUAUGGAACAGUUUUUGUUUUUGACUCAAACCAUGUAUGGUGAUAAUUUAAACCACCGGAUGGCGCUGUAAUGUAACAUUUUUGAAUUCCCACUUGUUUCUCAUGACAAUCUAUUUUACUCAUAAGUAAUUAUUUAAGAAGGACCGUUAACAAAACAUUGUUUAUAUAGAGAAACGGUGUGUGAAUGUGUGUGUUUAUAUAUAUCCUAUCGAGAUUUUGUUGCAAGACUACUUCAGCCUGUAUUGUAAUUGGGAGACUGUUUACUAUUUGUGGUCGUAUUUCAGUGGUUAUUUCGAGCCCACUUUUGAGAUUAUUAUGAUGCUCCUUUGAUCAUUUAGAAAAUGAGUGAUACUUUUGUUCAGAUAUUUCUAUUUUUGAACAGAGAUUGACAUUCCUCUAUUUUGCUUGAUACAUUUAUGGAGUUCUAGUGUUUGAAGCAUUUAUUUGGUAUUAUAUGAGAUAUGUUGUAUAAUAUUUACCAUUACAGUGCAUUAGGUAUAUGUCAGGUUGAAAAUAAAGCUAUAAAUCUAUA